AUGGAUUUCCUUCGGGCUUGUGUCCUUUUCGCCGCUCUCUCCGGUCUCGUUAAGGCUUUUUCGCAUCAGGAUAUGAAGGACGCGCUGCUACAGAAGCUUGGGAUGGAUGAAGUUCCUAGAAUCCAUAAAAGGGAUGUGGAAAAUCUGGUGAUUCCGGCGCAUAUAAGAAAUAAGUACACGAGCAUGCUGAAGAUGCACCACAGCAGGAGGCGCAGAUCUUUGCCGAGUCUCGCGGGCAUCCUGAAAGGAAUCCCCGGCACUGCAGAUAUUUCCGGGGAGUACGUCUACUCUGACACCACUCGGCAACGCGUGAUGUUCGACAUGGAGGCGAGAAUCCCGGAUAAUAGUGAGGUGACCAUGGCCGAGCUGAAGCUCUACCAGCGGGCUUCUCACCACAAACGAUUCACGGUGGAGCGGAAGAGCCACCGGCCCGUCAGCAACGCCAGGGUCAGCGUCUACUGGGUGGAGGUGCUGCCCAACGGAUCCAACCGGACGUCGCUGGUAGAUUCGCGGUUGAUCCCCAUUCACGAGACGGGCUGGAAGAGCUUUGAUGUCACGCAGGCGGUGCACUAUUGGUCCAAGACACAGCAGAAGACACCUAUGCACCUGGAGGUGUGGAUCGAGGGCGAGAGACCUGGCAGUUAUGCGGCAGAGAUAGCCAAGAGUGUCCGCUUUACCACCCAGGAGCAGACGGACAACACCUUGGGGAAGCCCGAGCUCGUCCUCUACACACUCAACCUGGAAGAGUACGGCUCUCGCGGUGACUGCGACAACCAAAACAAAGACAGCUGCUGCAGAGAGGAGUACUUCAUCAACUUCCGCGCACUGACAUGGACGCAGUACUGGAUCAUUGAGCCGGCGGGGUACCAGGCUUUCAGGUGCACCGGUGGCUGCAAGCAGCCCAAGCGCAACUUCGGGUACGGCGAGCGGCGGUGCACGGUGUCCGAGAGUGCGCCGUUACCCAUCAUGUACCUGGUGAAGAAAGGGGACUACACCGAGAUAGAGGUGGCUGAAUUUCCCAAUAUGAUCGUAGAGAGGUGCGCGUGCACUUUGGACAACAUCUCGAUAGUAUGA